AUGUCUCGUUUGACCAUCUCAUCAACAAUAGGCCUUGUCUGCCUUCUCGCAAAUCCCGUCGCGGGUUUGGCUGGAUGGUGGACGUGGUCACCCGAUACUCUCACGCCUCAUUUCGCAUACCAAGAUCCCGGAUCUGGAGACAUUUUACAUAGCUCGUGUAAUAGCAAUGGUUCAGCCGCGUUUUUGUCCGAUAAGCCCAAUAAAUUUCCCCUAAAAGCCCAGCCAAAGCCUGCGACGCCACUAGCUGUGACGGGUUGGUGGGACGACGAUCUGAACACGCCAAUCGCUUCCAUCUUUUACCAAGGCACCGACGACUCGAUCGUAAAUGCGUUCUUUACAUGCGACAACAAGACAGGCAACUACAAGCUCGACCCCGAAGGCAUCGACAUUGUUUCCGACUUGGCGGGCGCACCCUCUGUACAUGAAAAGACCGGACUAGCAGUCACAGAGCUAGGAGAUUCGGGCGGGUACCGGCUCUAUUAUCACGACGAAGAUGGACUGGUGAAUUUGAUGGCAUACGAUGACGACACCGAUUGGCGAUACGAUGGCCCAGUGUCACUCAAAAAGACAGCUGGGAAGGCUAUAGCUGCCCUGCAAAUAAAGGGCACCAAUGUUUCGGUGGCUUAUCCAUAUGACAGCAACAACAUUGCUGUUGCUCACUUCAACCAGGAUAAUAAGAACAAAUGGAGUUUAGAAUCAUUCCCAACUCCCUUCGAUAGCCCGGCGCCGACGAACAAUACCGACCCUUCGGACGUACGACUCGAUACUUCAGGAGACAGCUCGCUUAAGUUAUCAUCCUUCGAUAACGCUGCCGUCAAUCUCGGCAUUGCGGCCGGUACAAAACAACGAUUAUCUAUCCUAUAUAUUGGCAAAGAUGCCCAGCUACAUGCUGUAUCUAGCAAUGGUGGCGCUUGGGAAGAGGAGGAAAGCCCCGGAUCAAAAGAAUGGCCCGAGGCGGAUGAUGAGUCAGGGCGCCUGGCCGUCGUUUCGCCCUUGGAUUCUAGCGAUAUCUGGGUAUACUACCUGAGCGGAGACAAGGUUCUUGAGCUGCAUAGAGAUGAGAGUGGUUCAUGGGCCAAGGCCAAGACGCCAUCUUCGACAACCAAGAGUGACGAUUCUAAAUCGGAUAACGAAUCGGAUGGAAGCGGUGACUCGACAAGAACUGACGAUAGCUCUGAUACGAAAACGAGCGAGAGCGCUGCUGCUUCUCCAGCGACAGGCAUGACAACUGGAGCAAAGGCAGGCAUUGGAGUUGGAGUCGGUGUUGGUGUGCUGGCCCUCUUGGCUGCCGUGUUCUUCUUCCUCCGCAAGAGGCGACAAACACCGGGUCCCGGCCAGCGCAAGGAUUCAGUUGGAGAACUCGGAUCAGGGGCUAGUUAUCGUGCUGUUGAAAUGCCCACUGUGGUACAUGACCCGCAGGAAUUGGCAGCGACCCAGAACCAGAAGUAUGAGUUGUUGGGCGACACUGGACAUAGGGCAUCGUAG